UCUCCUCACACUCCAACCUGUUCAUCUCUCAUCUGGACAGUAAGGGUUGUUCACAUCACACACGGACAACAUGCUGGGGACACUCUGCACUCUCAUCACUGCUCUAACAUGUGUCAGUGGUGUGACUGUGGUGACACAGAAGCCUCCUGUUGUGACAGUGAGGAAAGGAGAGAUGGUCACUAUGGACUGUAACUUGGGAACUGUUACUAACUAUGCUGCUUGGUAUAAACAGGUUCAAGGAGGUGUUCCUCAGUAUGUUGUAUGUUGGUAUCAUGGUUGGAAGCCUGAAGAAAUAAAAUAUGGUUCUGGUUUCUCCUCUCCUAAAUUCACAUCUAAUCAUCAGUCUACAUCAGAUUACCGUUUGAUUAUUAAUAAUGUGGAGGAGUCAGACUCAGCAGUGUAUUACUGUCAUACAUGGGACAGCUCUGCUAAAGAGUACGUAUUCGGACAAGGAACCAAGCUCAUUGUCACUGACUCUACUCUCCCUCCACCUGUCUUGACCAUCCUCCCUCCAUCCAGUGAUGAGUUGAAGUCCAGUAAAGUCACCCUGGUGUGUCUGGCCAGUCAGAUGGCCAUGGGCUAUGCUGAUGUCAGCUGGACCGUGGGUGGGAGUCCAGUCACCAGUAACAUCGUUACCAGUACUGCUGUACCACAAGAUGACAAGACGUUCCAGCUCAGCAGCUAUUUGACCAUUGACACGUCAGAAUGGAACCAGGACAAAGAGUUCUCAUGUAAAUUCACUGUGGGCUCCAAGUUCACUGAGAAACGCAUCAAGAAGUCUGAAUGCAGCAAUGAAUAGUAGAAACCUGUAAAGUGAAAUGUUUUAUCUUGCACAUGCAAUAUUUUAUUUAAAGGAAGAUAAAUCCUUGUAUUCAUACAUAGAUCAUAUAUAAUAAACACAGUAUAAUACAUGAUUAACAGAGAAUGUUUGAGCUUUGCAAUAUUGUUUGGAUAUUUAAUAAAGAGCAUAACAGAAAACAAA